AUGACUACAACACAUGUCGCAGGUUAUAUCAACCCUUAUGCACUAAAUGUAACACAUGAAGUAGAUCGCACCAGUCCAUUCAAAUACCAUGCUAGUUCUGAUAGCACAUGCCUCACAUCCCAAUUACCCACAAGUAAAGCAGUCACAUUGUCAUUUACAGACACAAACAGUUCAAAUACAGAAGUGGAUAACAAACUUACACCACUUCAAUCAGAUUCAUCUCAAUUUCAGGUGAUAUCCUCAUGGGUAGACGAAGCAAUUAAAGAAGCCGAAACUAGACCUUCAUUCCCCUUGACUAUAAACAAUGAUAUUAGAGAUAUUAAUCCAGAAGCCGAACAAGCAAAACUAAUUGAACUAUACAGAGAUAUCGAUAAUUGCGAGCGUACCCCAGAGCCAUUGUCGACUGGUUCCUGA